AUGAAGUCCCUCAAUCCAAAAAGUCUGCUCCGUGCAGCUUUGCUUUCCACUGCAUUAUGUGCUCCGAGUAUCACAAAUGCGCAGGAUGUUAUCACCGAUGAUACAUAUUUCUACGGACAAUCUCCACCCGUGUAUCCAUCCCCCGAAAUGCCAGGGAACGGAUCAUGGGCAUCUGCUUAUUCCAAAGCUGUCGCUCUGGUUUCCCAGAUGACCAUGGCUGAAAGAGCCAACCUCACAGUUGGGAAAUCAGAAGGCUUGAACGGUUGUAAUGGCCUAACAGGCUCUGUACCGCGACUCAACUUCAAGGGUAUCUGUAUGAACGAUGCCGGAAAUGGUCUUCGUGAUACGGAAUUGGUGAAUUCCUGGCCUAGCGGUGUCCACAUGGGUGCAAGUUGGAAUAAAAAUUUGACUUACCACAGAGGGUACAAUAUGGCAAGGGAAUUCAGAACAAAGGGUAUCAAUGUUGCUCUUGGUCCUGCUGUUGGUCCUCUUGGAAGAGUUCCAAUUGGUGGGAGGAAUUGGGAGGGAAUGGGCAAUGAUCCAUAUCUUUCAGGAAAGCUCGCCGCACAAACUGUUUCCGGAAUACAAGAUGCUGGUAUAAUAGCAUCGGUGAAACAUUUCAUUGGGAAUGAACAAGAAUAUAAGAGAAAUCCAUCGGGCAACAUUUCUGCCAUCUCGUCUAAUAUCGAUGAUAAAACAAUACACGAAUUAUAUCUUUGGCCGUUUGCCGAUACCGUGCACGCAGGAGCUGCCUGUGUCAUGUGUUCAUACAAUCGACUCAACAAUUCAUAUGCCUGCCAAAACAGCAAAGCUCAAAACGGACUUUUAAAAACCGAAUUGGGUUUUGAAGGAUUUGUUGUAAGUGACUGGGGAGCAUUGCACGCUGGUUAUGCAGCAACAGAGGCUGGAUUGGAUGUUGUCAUGCCAAGUUCAGAUCUCUGGGGAGUGAGUGGUGAAAAUUUGACAGCAUCCGUUGCCAAUGGGUCUCUUGCGGAGUCAAGAUUAACCGAUAUGGCUACUAGAGUUGUGGCCAGUUGGUAUCAAAUGGGUCAAGAUGAAGAUUUCCCAGAACUCGGGUUGGCCUCUUCAUAUUUGACACCACAUGCGAAAGUCAAUGCCCGAGAUCCUUCAUCGAAGCCAAUUCUUUUGAGCGGAGCAAUGGAAGGUCAUGUUUUGGUUAAGAAUAUCAACAAUGCUCUUCCCCUUAAGAAACCCGAAUUGCUUUCCAUUUUUGGUUACGAUGCACCCGUAUCAAGUCAGAGCAAUAUUGGAAAUACUCGAUAUUCGUAUGGGAUGGAAGCUAUCUUGGAUCUCAAUAUAACCGAUACUCCCAUCGAUAUCUCAUUACAAAUCGCAAGCAACGGAACUCUCGUCGCUGGAGGUGGAAGCGGCUCAAAUGCCCCACCAUAUAUCUCUGCUCCUUUUGAUGCGCUACAAGAACAAGCUUAUAAUGAUGACACAAGUCUUUUCUGGGACUUCGUCUCCGUUGAUCCUGACGUAAAUACCGGCUCGGAUGCUUGUCUUGUAUUCUUAAACGCGUAUUCUAUCGAGAAUAGUGAUAGACCUGGUCUUUACGAUGAAUUUUCUGAUACUUUGGUAAAAAAUGUUGCAUCAAAAUGUAACAACACUAUUGUGACCAUUCAUAAUGUUGGAAUACGUCUGGUUGAUCAAUGGAUCGAGCAUCCAAACGUUACCGCCGUGAUUUUUGGUCAUCUACCUGGUCAAGAUAGUGGACGAGCACUUGUUAAAUUGUUGUAUGGCGUUGAAUCAUUCUCUGGUAAAUUGCCAUAUACGAUCGCAAAGAACGAGUCGGAUUACAAUGUGUACAAUCACUCGGUACCUGAGGGUAUUUAUACACAAUUUCCACAGAGCGAUUUUUCAGAGGGUGUCUAUCGCGAUUAUCGCGAUUUUGAUGCUAAAAAUAUAACUCCAAGAUUUGAAUUUGGGUUCGGAUUAACCUACACUACUUUUAAGUAUUCCGACCUCUCAAGUUCACUUGUUUCGAAUGCGAGCACAGCUUACUUACCGCCAAUUACCACCAUCAUCCAGGGUGGAGCCCAGUCUCUCUGGGACGUUGUCGCAAAGGUUCAAGCAACUGUAUCAAACAACGGUACAAUGGCCGCCAUGGAGGUUGCACAAUUGUAUGUCGGUAUUCCAAAUGGACCAGUUAGACAAUUGAGAGGUUUCGAGAAAGUCAACAUACCAGUUGGAGAAAGCGCGGUUGUGGAAUUUGAGUUGACGAGAAGGGAUUUGAGUGAGUGGAGCGUGGAGGAACAAAGUUGGGUUUUGCAACAGGGAAGUUAUGGGAUCUGGGUUGGAUCGAGUAGUAGGGAUUUGCCACUGAGUGGAAAUUUGAUCGUUGGAUGA